AUGAAUCAUAACAGGUCCGGAAACUUCAACAUCAGUGCUCCUCUCAACAGCAGCUCCGGUUCCGUGGACGAGCUUGUCAUCACUUCGACUUUUGGGACAUUGCUGUCGCUAGUGUAUAUAGUUGGGGUGUCCGGAAAUGUGUAUACGCUGGUGGUGAUGUGUCAUUCUAUCCGUUUUGCUACCUCCAUGUACAUCUCUAUCAUUAACCUUGCGCUGGCUGAUCUGCUUUACCUCUCUACUAUCCCAUUCGUGGUAUGCACCUAUUUCCUGAAGGACUGGUACUUCGGAGACGUGGGCUGUCGUAUUCUACUGAGUCUCGACCUCCUGACCAUGCACGCGAGCAUUUUUACACUGACAGUAAUGUGUACGGAGCGCUACCUAGCCGUUACAAAGCCAUUGGAUACCGUUAAGCGCUCCAAAAGCUACCGGAAAGCCAUGGCCGGAGGCGUUUGGAUGCUGUCAUUGGUUCUUACCAUUCCUAUGAUGACUAUGGUCAACCAGACCACCAAACACUCGGACGGCGGCGUGAAAAGGAUGUGUGCGCCCACCUGGGGCACCGAGGCGUAUAAAAUUUACUUGAGUAUCCUUUUCAGCACAAGCAUUAUGGCGCCUGGGAUAAUAAUUGGGUACCUAUACACUAAAUUAGCCCGCACUUACCUAGAGUCUCAGAGGAAUUCGGCCACCAACAAAGGGAAUAAGCGCUCUCCAAAACAAAAAGUACUAAUCAUGAUAUUCACCAUUGUGCUGGUGUUCUGGGCGUGCUUUCUCCCCUUCUGGAUUUGGCAGCUCCUUCCCCUGUAUCACAAACCCCUGAGGCUGGCCUCUCACACCCGUACCUGCAUUAACUACCUGGUGGCCUGUCUUACUUACACCAACAGCUGCAUCAACCCUUUUCUGUACACGCUGCUAACGAAAAACUACAGGGAAUACCUUAAAAAUCGUCACCGGAGUUUCUACCGCUACACGUCGUCCUUUAAAAAGCGUCCCUCCAGUUUGUACUCCUUAGGGAAGUCAGCUUCGUCCAGUAACCAGUUCGACUUCAACUCCGAGACGUUGGUAAUGGGACCAAUUAAGGGGCCCCUGUGAUCCGUCAAAAGGGAGACUGCUGGAUGGAGUUUAUGAGAAGCAAGAACUCGGGAAUGUUCUGGGUUUGCUGUUGGCGUGAAAGGGUCUACCCGGGAUAUCUGUCCCUGGACCGCGACCCUGCUUAUGACCUGGGAAUUACCCGGGACAGACACGGUUCGGAUUUGGCAUGAAAGGGGGAAUUCAACAAAUGAACCUCAUUGACUGGAGACGCGCUAGUAGCCUAUGUCGCAACGGCGCUUGUUAACGUUUUGU